UUUCGUGUAUCAAUACUUUGAACAUAAAUUUGUAUAAAAGCAUGAUAAAUGGGCUCAUAAUUUGAAUGAAUAAACCAUCGGUCGACUUACACCGUAAAUUUUAGCACAGUUCACUCAUAAAAUUAGAAUCAUCCCAGUGUAAUAGAAUGAUAUAUCCACACUACAUUUAUCACGUCUACUUAACACUGAACAGAAAUUGACAAUAAUAUGAGAAUAUCAGACAUGCGUUCUUACGACUCAGAUUGACAUAAUAAAAAUCCAAUUGAAAUUUGAAAAUUGGAAUUCUCAUAAGCAAAGUGCGUCUAAUAUUCCUAUUAAGAGUCAGACUAUGUUUAAUUGUUCAAAAUUAAAAUUCUAAAUCGUAGUUAAUAUAUAUAUAUAUACACAUGUAUACAACAAUGGCAACUUACUGGAUCUUUAACUAGGUUCAAUCUUAGUCAACUUUAACCUUUAACGAAACGUGCGGGAGACACGCAAUGCUAUGCAGAAAUAUUAAACGCCAUAUAGAAGUAUACAGAAGGAUAUGGGAGUAAAACGGAGUAAAACCAAAUAAAACAGGGGCCAGAAGAGUCGAAGCUAAGAAGAAUGUAGAGGCACGCCGUGAGCGUAGACUUAUCGAGGAUUCGAGCCGGCACUUGCUCGUGUCAUGGCGCCGUGUGACGAACCACUUAUAGCAGCACGUAAUAAAGUUCUUGACAAAUCUCGGAAAAGCAUCGGAAACUCACUGUGACAAGGGUAUACGAGUGUCGAGAAUGUUAUUUUGUUGGUGCAGGCUCUUCGCAAAGGCGAUUAAGUGCGCAGUGAAUGUGAUAUAAGAUCGAUUCGGAGCAAAGAACUAAGCGUCGAACUGCGCUCGUCCUAUCUCAUAGGAAAAUGGCCGCGUGCUGUUCGCAAAAACGAGCGACAAUCCGGAACUUCACGUAAUAUCGCGUGUCUAGUGAAAUUAGGGGAUCAAACAAGAUCACAGAUUUGCAUUUGAUUGUGCAGCAUCCGUUUCAACGUUAAUGAAGUGUAGCUAGAAGUGUAUGUUGUGUCAGUGCGGGAUGCGAUGUUGAGGUUGCGGUGUUAGUACUUGGUAUCGUGGCUGUGCUAGCGGAUACCGCUGUGCUGGCAAAGCUACCGGAUGAAGUGCAGAUACAAAAUUGUUUUGUCGCGAUGUAAAGAGGUAAAGGAAGAGUGUCUUUCAGCAAAGAGUAACAAGCAGCGUUAAUUAAAAAAAAGUGUAAACUUUCAUGCGUGCUACUCAAGUGACAAGAUGAUUGGGGCGUAUCGUUGUCGGCGUCGUUGUUGUCGCUGAAAAUCAGUGAAAGCAAGGCUAACAAGUCUAGAAGAAGCAACAACGAGCCGGCAAGGUUCUGGACCAAGAAGAUGAGAAGAAGCGCGCUCGUUGGCAUCUCGGGCAUGCUUGCCCUGCUCCUCCUUCUUUUACUUAACACCCUGUCUUUGAUCGAAGGAUUGAAAUGCCACUGCGAUGCCUGCAAAGAUGAAAAUGACACCUGUGUGACAGACGGUUACUGCUUUGCCAGCACCACUCUGGAACAUGAGAAUAUCGUAUAUGCCUACAGGUGUUACGAUAAGAGGCACUUCUUCCCGGCACCCUCUUACUCCGUUUGGUGUAACACAAACGUCACAACUGCCCGAGUCCCACCAGUCAGCGAGUUCGUUAUCGUCUGCUGCGACCACGCGGAUUACUGCAACCUUGACCUUCGACCCUCUUUAUCUUCUUCGAAUCGGCCGCAAGACACUUCUCGCUCGCCAAAUCCUCACGAUGGAGUGUCACCGAACGACGAUGGCGUCACGUGGGCCACGUGGAAAAUGGCGCUUUCCAUAGCAGUGCCGAUCUGCAUUAUUUGUAUGGUGGUUAUGAUCAUCUAUCAUAUACAUAUGACCCGGAGGAGAACCGCCAGGCAUUUCCCGGAUGACUCCCUGGAGGCUCCGGAUCGGCCGAUAUUAGGAGGCGUCACCAUCAGGGACAUGCUUGAGAUGACGACGAGUGGCAGUGGUUCGGUAGGCCUGCCGCUCCUGGUUCAGCGGAGCAUCGCGCGUCAGAUCCAACUUGUCGAAACCAUUGGGAAAGGUCGAUUCGGCGAGGUCUGGCGUGGGCGAUGGCGCGGGGAAAACGUCGCUGUUAAAAUUUUUAGCUCGCGCGAGGAGAGAUCUUGGUUCAGAGAAGCUGAGAUAUAUCAGACUGUGAUGCUCAGGCACGACAAUAUUCUCGGUUUUAUAGCAGCUGAUAACAAAGAUAAUGGUACGUGGACGCAGCUUUGGCUGAUUACGGAUUAUCACGAGAAGGGAUCACUUUUUGACUAUCUGAAUCGAUCUACCGUCGAUACAAAUGGUAUGAUCAGGAUGGCGCUAUCCAUUGCUACGGGAUUGGCACAUCUGCAUAUGGAGAUUGUUGGAACUCAGGGAAAACCAGCAAUCGCUCACAGGGACCUCAAAUCGAAAAAUAUACUGGUCAAAACUAAUGGCACCUGCGCCAUUGGUGACCUUGGACUGGCUGUAAGACACGAUGUCAUCACAGACACUGUCGAUAUUCAAUUGAAUAACAGGGUUGGCACCAAGCGUUAUAUGGCACCUGAAGUUCUAGAGGAGACGAUAAACAUGAACCAUUUUGACUCCUUCAAGAGGGCGGAUGUGUACGCUCUUGGCCUAAUUCUUUGGGAGAUUUCGAGAAGGUGUAAUGUCGGUGGAAUACACGACGAAUACCAACUUCCGUUCUACGACUUGGUACCAUCCGAUCCAACAAUCGAAGAAAUGCGAAAAGUCGUUUGCACGGAUCGACAGAGGCCAUCAAUUCCUAACAGAUGGCAGUCGAUUGAGGCUCUUCAGGUGAUGUCCAAAGUAAUGAAGGAAUGCUGGUACCACAAUGCUGCUGCUAGACUGACUGCGCUCAGGAUUAAAAAGUCCCUUGCUAACUAUGGCGCCAUGGAAGACUUGAAAUAGAUACACGAAGACUGUGCCGAAAAUCCUUUACAUUCCCUGAAUGCUUAAUUUUCUUAAUAGCAAAAGAAAACUUGAGUAUCAUCGCGAUUACAGACGCUACCGAGUUAAAGAAAAACUGACAGUAUGGUAUACCACCGCGAGUGCGUGAGUUUUGUUUUCAGAAAAGUUGAGGUGUUUUCUUCCUCUCUCUUACUCUGUGAUUAUCUACGAAACUGAAGAUCGUGCUCGGAGACAGCUCGAAUAACUCUAAGGGUAGCUAAUGCGCAGCAAAGGAAUUGUUGGACAAGAAACGAAAUAAAUGUAUGAGGCCAACCUUUAUGUUGGUUCAGCGCUCGAUGAGUGGUGAUUUCUCAUUGGAACUGUGAGAACCGAGUCGUUAAGUAAGACGUAAAUAUUUAUCGUAAUUUUUUUUCACGAAUCAUCAUGAAUUCAAUAAAUAAUUCGACACGCGAUUCAGGAAAUUACAGGUCUGCAUCUUUUAAGUUAUAAAAUCUACGUAAUUACUUUUCAUAUGAUUGAUGAUUUCUGUUAACUCUUAAACGAAAACCUGUGCAUCGUAAUAUUUAUAAACGGUUACAUCUUUUCUUCUAUACCGGUGUAUGUAAGUAAGAGAAUUGUAAGAGUGUUUCAUACAUCGUGGUGUUACAGGAAUAUUUAUUGUCAUAUCAUCUUUCGACCUGGAUGAUAUGCUCGACGUAAAAAAUAUAUUCGUUUUCGUUUACAAAGACCGAACAUAUUUUGCUCAAAACUAACACAAGCCAAAAUAAACACAUCUGUAUUUUUUCACGAGUUUACGAGACAUGUCAAAGCACGUGCCCAUAAUAUCUUAGAAAAAUAUGAAAUAUUCAAUUUGAAAUUUUCUUAAUGGAAAAAAUAAGGAGAAAAGUCGUUUUUGUAAGGAUAUAGGGCAUAUUUGAUUUUUGGAUGUUUCAUUAGGCAUGUCUCGAUAAAAUGAUCGGCAUACAAUUCAAUUACGACCAUACUUGAUCGCGGAAAGAGUAAAACAUGAAAGUGAAAACUCAUGAAAACAAAAUGUACAUGAUUAAUGCAAAAUAGUAAAACGAAAAAGAGAAACACUUGUUCAUCAGUUGUUAGUCAAAAUAAAAGUCUGCGAUGUUACAAUUAAACACAAACCAAGUCUCCAGCAUAACGAUAUACUGUAUUUUUAUAUUAGAUUUUGAUUUGCAAAAUCAAUGUUUUUUAUUCCUGUUCUUCUCAAUACACUCGGAGCCCAGCGACUUUCCAAUAUUAUAUAUUUUGUUUACAUCAAACUUUAGUGGGAUUAUAUUUUUUGAAAAAUAAAUGCCGAUUGCUUUGUUUUCGACAUAAAAAUGUCCAGGAACAAGAUAAUUAUUGUUAACACUAUGCACACACUAAAUCGUCAACGCUGUUUACUUUCAAAGAGAAACUGUACUAUUCUUUAGCUUUUAAUUAUUUUGAAAAUUUUUGUUUGUUGCUAUAAUAUCCCACUACUUCCUGGCAAUAUUAUUAAAGCAGUCUAGAUAAAUGCGCAAUGCUCGAUACACGGUAUCUUCGCGGUUUGCAAUUCUCAAGACUGAAAACUUUGUAGUAUAGAUACAACGGGUUUCUACGCUAUGCAAAAAGUGCAAAAGCACUGCAAGAUAAAUGUCCAUCUCUUUCCUUACAUACUGUAGAUAUCUAUAGACAAUGAUUAUACAUUCCUAUUAUCCGUAGGUUAAUUUAAUACGUAAAUAAUAUUAAUGAUUUGUGCGAUGAUGGAGUUCUUUGUGGUGCAUCCACAAAUUUCAACUGCAAAUAUCAUUGAUGACUGUUCCGCAGAUUUCCAUACCACUAGUACAAUCUCGUGCCAAUUAACAAACAGAAAGUUAACUGAAGCGACAGAUCCGUACUUAUAACAAGUGAUAAAUAACAAAUGCAUGCACAUCUUGAACUGAUUUACUACAGAUUUGACUCCGCAUAUAAAUUUUUGACUAUUAUACGUUUUUUUUAAAAUCAAAGUCUGCUGGGCCCGUAUUACCAAACAGUCUGAUUCAUACCGGAUAAGAUACACUGCCACUCGUAAAUUUUCACAUUGUAAUACUUUGCUUUAAAAGAAAAUCCUCCUAGAAAAGUAUAGAAAUGCGAAGAUUCAUUGUUAAACAAAAUUUGGUGGUGUUUCACCACUUAAAACUUUGAAUGUGUACAUCCACGCACAGUACCAUGAAUAAUGUAUUGUUGAUAUGCGAUGUGAGUUGAAAAUUGAACUAUCGGUUAAUUGGGUAUAUAAAUUAAUGAUCUGAAAGGAAAUAUUUAACUGCGUCAAUUCGAUUUGGGGUCUUUUUAUUGUCUUAUGUCAUUUUUUCAUAUUUCCUCUUGGAUCAAAUUCUUACACACCAAUUUUCAUGCGUAUACUGAUCUUUCUAAGUCAAAGCUGUUGAGGACGUAUGGAGGUAUGUUAGCAUGAUCAUGGAAAGAUAACGAAAAAAAAAAAAAAAAACAGUUCAUUAGAAACACUUUGUUAUUAAUUGAGUUUAGACGAAAUUGUACUUUUCUUUUGAAAUUUUUUGUAGUAACACUAUCGAAGAACUUAUAAUCAUUAUUGAUCGAAUCGAAGAACACUUAUUUUCCUUCUAUGUAUGAUACCCUGUACAUAAUGGUGUAAAUGUUUAUCGAUAAACUAAUGGCAGCAGCACUUGUAAUUUGCAUCAGUGAAUGAAUGGCUAUGUCGUCCAUUGUAUAAUAGGAUAAUAUCGAUUAUUAUAUUUUUCAUAAUUCCAAAUGUUAUGUUAUGUUAUGUUACAUAUAGUUACGUAAUAUGGCGUUACCAUUCACAGAGAGAGAGAGAGGGGUUUCAUUGCGGAUUUUUAAGUAAACCCCUUAUUUCCGUCUAAAUAUAUGUUUGAGAAGACAGUAUGCGCGCAACCAGAAUGGGAAUCCGUGAGAGUUGACUAAUCCAGCAUACUGCGGCGACGGUCGUCCCUUCGUUGAGUUACCGAUUUUUAUCAAGCAGCUUUUAGGUGUGAUUGAAUCUUAGAAUGAUUUUUAAAAUCAAAUACUUUUUCAUAAAUUUAUAUCCUUCUAAUUCGUGAAAUUAAAUGACACAAUAAAUUAUCUUAUAUUGUUAUUUGCUAAUAUAAUUAUAUAUAAAGGAGAAGUACAAGGAACAGUACGGUACGGUAUGUAUUUUCUAAAUUAAAAGUUAUCUUUUUCAUUAGUAUAACGAUUUUCUAUAAUGCACAUACUGUAAUGUCGAAUUACCAUUAACUAUUGUAUGUAGUGUGUCUGAUGGUGUGGAUGAAUCUUUGUAUUGUUAAUAGAUAACGUACCUCAUGUUAUAAAUUUCCAAUUUAUAAUUUACCAAAUGCCUGACUGUCUGUGGAACAUUGUGUUCACCUUAUUUACACCAAGGUUUUAUGCGUUGACGGAAAAUGCGAUUGACAUUUUUUAAACUCACGCUCAAAGGAAUGCGAGUACUUUACAGAAAACUACAAUUUUCAAAUAAAUAAUGACCUGGAUAAAGGUUUUUUUGCAAUGAGCGAAUAUAUUGGUAUUAUAUUGUCCUCGCGUUCGUUAAGAAUACAUACCCAUAGCUAAAUGUUCCAUUAGCAAUUGUAUUUUGCCAAGGGCAAUAUGCCGUGAAUCAAUGGAAAUCAAUGGAAAACUAUCUGUUACCUUUGGCAAAAUACCAUUGGUAAUGGGACAUUUUGCUAUAGGUAAAUUAAUCAUUGCAAAGCUCUUAUAUGACAGGGAAAUAUGAUGCGUAGAUUUUACUCACGCGAUCCUAAUAGAAUUUAUUUUUAUCAAAAUUUUACCUUACAUCCAUACCGAUUCCUUGGAUCGAAUUAGAAGUGUUUGUCUGCACUGCUAUUUUCUUAUCGGUAUGAUAUUUAUUAAAUUUAUUUUUCAUAUUCAGCAAUAAAUGCGAGCGAAAUAGCAACAAAAAUUGUGAACUAAAAGAAGUUGGUAAAAGAAAAUUUUUGUUCAACUAUAGUAGACUUAUAAGUCAAAGAAUAUCCAAAAUGACAUCCUGAAAGUGGUCCAAUUAUGGAAAUUCGUCUUACAAUAAUAAUAAUAAUAAAGUACAUUUAGUUAUACUUGUAGAAACAUUUAAACUUGGAAUUGUUGGAUAAAUUGUCAAAGGCAAUGUGAAAUUAAACAGUAAAAAGUAUUCAGUUGGGUAGUAUGUCAGAUAAAUCUGUCAUCAGACAAGAAGGUUACAUUUAAAUUACGUACAGACAAUGUUAUGUUUGUAUAAAAUUAAAAUAGCGAUUAAACUAAAACGUAUCCACUCCACAGACAUAAAUUCUUCUAUAAGUGAAAUUUACAUAAGACUUGAACUUCAAGAGAAGUUUAACUAAUAUAUGACCUAGUAUCGUAAGACAAUUGUAUAUAUAAAAAGUCAUCAUAACUAUCAAAUAGCAUUAAAGCUAAGGUAAUGAUUAUUAAUUCAA